GCGCGGGUCGAGCCGGGGGUGGGUGCUCGCCGCGAAAUACCGCGGCGGCCGUGGCGUGGCGUCCCUGUGGCCUGGUCAGGGCCAUGUCCGCGUGAGGACCCCGCCUUCGCCGCCCAGCUCCGGCCCCCGCCAGACUGCGCCCGGCACCAUGGGCUCCAUCCUGAGCCGCCGCAUCGCGGGGGUGGAGGACAUCGACAUCCAGGCCAACUCGGCCUAUCGCUACCCCCCGAAGUCCGGAAACUACUUUGCUUCACACUUUUUCAUGGGAGGCGAGAAAUUUGACACCCCCCACCCCGAAGGUUACCUCUUUGGAGAGAACAUGGACCUGAACUUCCUGGGCAGCCGCCCAGUCCAGUUCCCCUACGUCACUCCCGCCCCCCACGAGCCCGUGAAGACGCUCAGGAGCCUGGUGAACAUCCGCAAGGACUCCCUCCGGCUCGUGAGGUACAAGGAAGACGCGGACAGUCCCACUGAGGACAGCGAGAAGCCGCGGGUGCUCUACAGCCUGGAGUUCACCUUCGACGCUGACGCCCGGGUGGCUAUCACCAUCUACUGCCAGGCGACCGAGGAGUUCCUGAACGGUGUGGCCGUGUACAGCCCCAAGAGCCCUGCUCUGCAGUCGGAGACCGUCCACUAUAAGAGAGGGGUGAGCCAGCAGUUCUCUCUGCCUUCCUUCAAGAUCGACUUCUCCGAGUGGAAGGAUGACGAGCUAAACUUCGACCUGGACCGGGGUGUGUUUCCAGUGGUUGUCCAGGCCGUGGUGGACGAAGGAGACGUUGUGGAAGUGACUGGCCACGCCCACGUGCUCUUGGCAGCCUUUGAGAAGCACGUGGACGGCAGCUUCUCAGUGAAGCCUCUAAAGCAGAAGCAGAUCGUAGACCGGGUCAGCUACCUGCUGCAGGAGAUCUACGGCAUCGAGAACAAGAACAACCAGGAGACCAAGCCCGCAGAUGAUGAGAACAGCGACAACAGCAAUGAAUGUGUGGUGUGCCUGUCCGACCUCCGAGACACGCUGAUCCUGCCCUGCCGCCACCUGUGCCUGUGCACCUCGUGCGCCGACACGCUGCGCUACCAGGCCAACAACUGCCCCAUCUGCCGGCUGCCGUUCCGGGCCCUCCUGCAGAUCCGAGCUGUGCGGAAGAAGCCAGGGGCCCUGUCUCCCAUCUCCUUCAGCCCCGUCCUGGUCCAGAGUGUGGACCACGAUGAGCACUCUUGUCCCUUUAAAAAAUCAAAGUCGCACCCUGCCUCCCUGGCCAGCAGGAACCCUAAAAGGGACACAAGCUCGGACAGCAUCCCGCCCGGCUACGAGCCCAUCUCCCUGCUCGAGGCGCUCAACGGCUUACGCGCGGUCUCCCCGGCCAUCCCGUCCGCCCCCCUGUAUGAGGAGAUCACCUACUCGGGCGUGUCGGACGGCCUGGCCCAGGCCAGCUGUCCCCUGGCUGGGAUCGAGCGCGUCAUGGACAGCGGCCAUCAGAAGGGCAGGCUGCGGGGCGAGUCUCCCGACAGCACCCUGCGGUCCCCGUCAUCCCCCAUCCGCGAAGAGGACGAGGGGAAGCUGUCAGAGGACUCGGACGCCCCUCCUCCGCCCACUGGGGUGGAGCUGGCGCUGCGGGAGAGCAGCUCCCCCGAGAGCUUCCUGACGGACGAAGUGGACGAGUCCCCGCUGAAGCAAGGAAGCCGAGUGCCAUCCAUUGAGGACGUCCUGCAGGACGGCAGCCCGGAGCACCACGGCCUCGGCCAGCCAGGCCCACCGGCCGACAUCUACCUGCCAGGAUGGUCCACCUCCAUGGAGACCACCGGCGCCCUCUGGCCUCCGCUCGGCGGCACCAUUCCUGACUCCGGGACCACUGAGCUGACUCCACUCUGAGCCCGACCAGUCUGGUAGCUGGGGGUCCUCAGCUCCCAGACCUCGCCAAGGGGCUGCCUGGACCCCGGUGCGGCCCUAGCCCUCCUGUCUGCAUGCCCCAGGUGGACGCCAGCCCCGAGGGCCUUGGGCGCUGACCGAAGAGCACAAUGGACUGCCCGCCAGGGCCCUUUUUCUACCGUCGGUCUGUAAGUGGCCCAAGAGGACAGCAGCUUUGUCUCAGAUGUCCUGCCAGGGCUGGGGUCCCACCGUCCAAGUGGCCUGGGCUGGCUUCGCCUUGACCCCAGCUGGGGAGAGGGGGUCGACGCCCCAGGAACUCAGCACACCACUGCAGAGAGAGGCGCUGUCUUCACAGGGGUCCUGGGAGGGCGCGGGGGCCCGGGCACGGUCCGUGACGGCCAGAGCGCCUGUGUGCCUGGGCCCCUCGCCCCCCCUGCUGCCCGGGCCCCAGCCCCACCCCCAGCAGCUCUUCGCCUGCCCCCUGAAUGUCCCUCUGUGUCUCUCCUGGGUGUGUUCUGUCGGGGGUCCUGCCUGGGGGACAGGGGGCCGUGUGGCUUCUGAGGUGCCCUUGUCUUCAAGACACAGCUCCUGGGCAGCAGUGUGCCCGCCACGGGGUUGUAGGGCAGCCCACCGCCCUCCCUGGGCUCUCGGGGGGGAAACCCUGCGGCGGCCAGCUUGCUGACGGCCCAGGGCAGAGCGCUGUCUGCACACGUGACCCCCCACGGCACAGGGGUGCUCACGUGUGCGCACUCACAGGCCCUGGCCGCCUGCUGUCGGCGCUGCCGCUUGUCCUUCGAGGUCCAUCUUGGACUCCCGUGUGCUCUCAUUUGGUGUACUCUGAUUGGCUAGUUUUUUCUUCGUUUUUACUGUAUAUUUAUAGUAAUAAAAUCAUGCAGCAAUA